UUUUUUUUUAUUGAGUUUCUUUUUUUUUUUUUUUCUGUUAUAAAUUAACAUGGUACCUCCUCACCCAAUACCCAAAAACUACCCUGUUCCAAGCGAAAGUGUUCAAAAUCGUUUUAAGCGAAGAUUACAAACACCAGAAGCAAUGGCACCUACGCCAAGAGCAAGACAACUACAGAUUUUAUCUUGGGCCCUUUCUAUAGGUCUCAGUGCUUAUGUUGUAUUAUUUGCUGAUUUUGGAACAGAGAAAAAUUGUUAUACACCAGUAUGUUGCUCAUAAUAUAUUUAAAACUUCAACAUUAACUAAUUGCAUCAUUUAGAUCCGGGAAUGGUUUCAACAAAAGAAAACACAGUUUUGGACUCUAAGUGAAAAAGAAAAGAAAGAGUUAAGAGAACAAGGAAAACUAUAAUAUUAAUCUCCUUUUAUUUAUAUGCAUUUGUAUUUUUUUUUCGUUUGUUUGCUAUUAAAUUUGCUUUAAAUAUGUGAUGUUCGUUUACCUUGAUUUAUUAUAGAGUGGG